UUCCCGCCCGCUCCCCUUUUCCCCUCAGUCGACUCGCGCCUCCAGUUUUGGCAUUCACUCCCACCCGUGACCAAAGACUUGACCACUCAAAAGUCCAGCUCCCUGUAACUACUAGACAUGGACACCGGUGUGAUUGAAGGUGGAUUAAAUGUCACUCUUACUAUCAGGCUACUUAUGCAUGGAAAGGAAGUUGGCAGUAUCAUCGGAAAGAAAGGAGAAUCUGUUAAGAAGAUGCGCGAGGAGAGUGGUGCACGUAUCAACAUCUCAGAAGGGAAUUGUCCUGAGAGAAUUAUCACUUUGGCUGGACCGACUAAUGCCAUCUUCAAAGCCUUUGCUAUGAUCAUUGAUAAACUGGAAGAGGACAUAAGCAGCUCUAUGACCAAUAGCACAGCUGCCAGCAGACCCCCAGUCACCUUACGGCUCGUGGUUCCCGCUAGUCAGUGUGGCUCUCUGAUUGGGAAAGGUGGUUGCAAGAUCAAGGAAAUAAGAGAGAGUACAGGGGCUCAGGUCCAGGUGGCAGGGGAUAUGCUCCCCAACUCCACUGAGCGGGCAAUCACUAUUGCUGGCAUUCCGCAAUCCAUCAUUGAGUGUGUCAAACAGAUCUGCGUGGUCAUGUUGGAGACUCUCUCCCAGUCCCCCCCGAAGGGCGUGACCAUCCCGUACCGGCCCAAGCCCUCGAGUUCUCCAGUCAUCUUUGCAGGUGGUCAGGACAGGUACAGCACAGGCAGCGACAGUGCGAGCUUUCCCCACACCACCCCGUCCAUGUGCCUCAACCCUGACCUGGAGGGACCACCUCUAGAGGCCUAUACCAUUCAAGGACAGUAUGCCAUUCCACAGCCAGAUUUGACCAAGCUGCACCAGUUGGCAAUGCAACAGUCUCAUUUUCCCAUGACCCAUGGCAACACUGGAUUCAGUGGCAUUGAAUCCAGCUCUCCAGAGGUGAAAGGCUAUUGGGCAGGUUUGGAUGCAUCUGCUCAAACUACUUCUCAUGAACUCACCAUUCCAAAUGAUUUGAUUGGCUGCAUAAUUGGGCGUCAGGGCGCCAAAAUCAAUGAGAUCCGUCAGAUGUCUGGGGCGCAGAUCAAAAUUGCAAACCCAGUGGAAGGAUCUACUGAUAGGCAGGUCACCAUCACUGGGUCUGCUGCCAGCAUCAGCCUGGCUCAGUAUCUAAUCAAUGUCAGGCUUUCCUCGGAGACAGGUGGCAUGGGGAGCAGCUAGAACAGUGCAGAUUCACCCAUAAUCCCUUUCUGCUGUUCACCACCACCCAUGAUCCAUCUGUGUAGUUUCUGAACAGUCAGCGAUUCCAGGUUUUAAAUAGUUUGUAAAUUUUCAGUUUCUACACACUUUAUCAUCCACUCGUGAUUUUUUAAUUAAAAGCGUUUUAAUUCUUUCUCUGUUCAGCAGUUACGCUGAGAUAUCCAUAUUUAGUUUUAUAAGCUUCUCCCCCCUUUUCCUUUUUUUGGGGUUUUUGGCUCAUGAAUUUUUGUUUGUCAUGGAGAUGUAAGAGUGGAAUAUUAAUACAUUUCAGUUUAGUUCUGUAAUGUCAGGAAUUUUUCAAAAAAAAAUUAAAAGAUGGACUGGAGCUUUUUCUUUGUGAAUAGAAACUGGAUGCCACAGUGACUUAUGUGGGUGUUAUUCCUGUCUUGAUGUUAUUUUUAUACCUUUAAACCUUCACAGAGCCCUGGCUGGGUUUGAAUAGAAUUAAGAUUUUCUUCUGUUUUACCACUCCA